GAAAUAAUAUUAAUUAAUUGGCAAAGCUAAAGUAUAUUUGCAGACUACUUUUGUAUUUAAAUCGGUGUGCUGUGAUGUGCUGAUGAUAUCCUUGCUAGGCAACCCAAAUAACACUCUGGAAUUGGGCAGGUAAAUAGGACGUUUCGGGAGAUUGUAACAGACACAAACAUUGGACAAUGUCGCGAUCUAUACGUGCCGAGACCCGUUCCAGGGCUAAAGAUGAUAUUAAAAAAGUUAUGAACGUGAUUGAUCGCGUUCGUCACUGGGAGAAGAAAUGGGUAACGAUUGGCGAUACCACCAUGAAAAUUUAUAAGUGGGUUCCCAUAGCAAACAGUGAAUCUAGCAAAAAGGCCAUUAAGCAUAAAGACUCGAACAAGGAGAACUUGACAAGGAAAAGUGCUGUUGACACAUCAAGUUCAAAUUCUAACUUCAGUAUGGCUGAAGAUUCAAACACCUGUUUUUCAACUGUAAGUGAUUCUCAAGGAGCCACUGACUUUUCCAUGCAUAUGAAUUUUUCUGAAGAUUCAAAUUCCCAGGGCAGUGAAAUGGUUGUGAAAAGAUUGAAAACAGACUGAUUGAAUAGCUAAGAUACUGGAUAAUUCAACAUUUUGGUCACUAUGUUUUAAAUAGUGAUUUUUAUGCAUUAUUUCUUACAAUUUGUGUUGUGGACUUAUACUAUGUACAUGUCCAUUGUGUAUAUAUUUAGUUUUGUAAUUGAAAAAUUAUAAUUACUCUUAAUUUAAUAAAAUACAAGAAUUUAAAAA